AGUUCACAUGCCCAGGUUCUUUGCUUGUCCCUCGGAUCUAUGGUAUUGCACUAGGAUAUGAUAAAACAGUGAAAUAUUCGCUGAUAUUAUUUUCUUUGAUAUUUUACUUUCGUUUCGAGAACUUAUUUUUUUUUAUUCGAUUAUUCGUUUCGUAGAAUCCUGUGGCCUUUUAUUAGUUAUCCUUGUAUCAACUGCACCCCUUCAAACUAACAAUGGCAUCUCGCCGUUGGCCAUCCCGUGAAGGCUUCACAGCCGAUGUCGUAGGCCACCUCAUCAAAAGUACCGCCCUGGCCCCAUCUCUCACGCUCCCUCUUUACCUCCUCUCCCAAUACACAGCCAAGGGCAGAGCAGUUGCCGCAACCCGGCCACAGGGUCUCAGAGCUCUCAAGUACCUCCUAGCGAUCGGCCUCGUCCGCAGCCUCAAUGGCUUGAUAAACCGAUACGCCCUCAACCAUGGCACGUCAGACACGUACAACUGGAAACAAGAAAUCGCCAUCGUGACCGGUGGCAGUGACGGGAUCGGGCGACGGGUGGCCGUCCUCCUCGCCGCGCGCGGCGUCAAAGUGGCCGUGCUGGACAUCCAGCCGCUGAAAUACCACCCGCCCGCCAACGUGCGGUAUUUCCAGUGUAACAUCGCGUCCGUCGAAGCCGUCGCGGCAGCCGCCGCGGAGGUGCGCGCCGCGCUCGGCGAGCCGACCAUCCUCAUCAACAACGCCGGCAUCGCCUCGGGCCUGACGAUCCUGGACGGCACGGAGGACAGCACGCGCAAGCUCUUCGACGUCAACACGCUCUCGCACUACUGGCUGGCGCGCGAGUUCCUGCCCAAGAUGAUCGAGCGCAACCACGGGAUGGUGGUCACCGUUGCGUCGCAGGCCGGGUAUGUGGUUAGCGCGAACAUGGUGGACUAUUCGGCGACGAAGAGUGCGGCGGUGGCGUUCCAUGAAGGGUUGACGACGGAGCUGGUGACGCGGUAUAAUGCGCCGAAGGUGCGGACGGUGCUUGUGUCGCAGGGCUUUGCGAGGACGUAUCUGUCGCGCGAUCUGAAUGCGGAGAAUACGUUUUUUAAUCCCCUGCUGGAGCCGGAGACGGUUGCGGAGGCGUUGGUGCAGCAGGUGUUGACGGGGUCGAGUGGGCAUAUCAUGCUGCCCGGUUCGACGGGGUUUUUUGCUAGAACUCUACGAGUGUUUCCGUAUUGGUUCCAGAAUCGGAUGCGGGAUAAGUGUGAGAGGUUAAUGAGGCCGCCGAGUAUGAGGUAGGAGUGUAAUGGUUGUUGAGUGUGUGUGUGUGUGUGUCAACAAGGAUAUUGUCAGGGGUUUCCCAUGUAUGAGUGUGUUUGCAGGGAUCAAGAUGUCUUUUGCUUCCUUUUUAUAUAUCAGUUCCUUUACGUAAAUGCAUGUUUUGAUAAUUAUUUUAGGAGCAAUAAUAUCGAAGGACUGGAUCCGGA